AUGGCUAUUCGUUGUGUCCAGAGUUUGACCAUUCCUCCAACGUCCAAUGCCAAACCAUUCACUGCAACACCACAACAUGCUCAUCUCGAAUUGGUGGAACCUGCUGCGCGAGGCGAUCUUGCUUUGGUUCAGGAACUGAUCGAUGCCAACAAGGAUCCCGACAAGCCGAAUCCUACCACGGGUUUACGUCCUCUUCAUUACGCUGCCUCAAGGGGUUAUUUGGAUAUAUGCAUAGCUCUGAUUGAGAAGGCGGGUGCUAGCGUGGAUGGUGUUGAUACAGAAGACGAGACAGCUUUACUCAAGGCAGCUUAUGCUGGUCAUCUCCCUGUGGUACAAUAUCUCAUCAAUGAAGCAAAGGCGGAUGCGACACAUCAAGAUAAAGAUGGUUGGACGGUGCUUCACAAUGCUUGUUCCUGUGGCCAUUUAGCCAUGGUCCGAUUUCUUAUACGACAUGGAGGUGCUGAUUUGGAUGUCAAUGCUGUGAGUCGGCUGGGUCAUACGCCUUUGAUUAAUGCAGCUUCCAAAGGUGACUUGGCCAUUGUCGAGUAUUUACUUCAUGAAGCAGAUGCCGAUCCUUUACAACGAAAUGCAUUUGGGGAAACAGCUUAUGAUGCAGCGGCUGCUGCUGGAAGUGCCUAUGUUUGUCAAGUGCUUGAAGCAGCUGAACGUUAUUGGAGUGAACAAUCACAUGAGCCAUACGAUGUUUUACGAUCACACGUGACAGUACCUGUCAUUUUGCAUGAGAAUCAACGAGCAACGUCUUCCUUCUUGGCCAUUGGUAAACCCACCUUUUCAGCUGCUGCGCUUACAAGGAAUGAUCAACGAGGAGCUUGGAGCUUAUAUCCUUCAGGAGAAACAACGACCAAAAGCCAUGUUCGAUUACCACAACAAACAUCCUGGUUUUGGUUAUCAGAUUGGACAGUGGAUUUCUCACACCCCAUUGCCGACAGCUAUGGAUGGCAAUAUUCACGCAGCUUUGAUGAAGAGGAUGAAAAUUGGACGAGUAUCAUGCCUACGUCAACAUCGGGAUGGGUGAGAAGGCGGCGUUGGGUACGCAUCAUGAAACGACGUGUUGAAGAAGUCCUCUAUGCACCUUUGAAUACCCAUGAACAACAACAAGUGGUCGAUGAAUAUACCAACAACGUAUCGCCAUUGGAUGCAGGUCAUGAGCAACAUCGAAAUCUUGGAUCGUUUCACCAUGUUGAUCAUCAAUCGAUAUCGGGCAAUAAUAACAUCAGCACCGGCAGCAGCAGCAGUAGUAGUAGCAGCAGCAACAGCAAUUAUGCACCAGCUGCAUCUGGAACCGUGAGCAUGACCUUGACAAAAGCACAAUCUGUGUUUGUCGGUUGCCAAACACAUGUUCAAUCCGUGGAACCAGAGCCGCCGCGGAACCCAUCAUCGAUUUCAUCACCACGUCCUUCUUUACAGAGCACGCGAUCAUCUUCACUUUCCAGGAUUGCCUAUGUAUGGGAACGUAAUGAACAAGCACCCAAUUGCCGACGAUGUGGGCGAUGGUUUAACUUUUUAGUGCGUCGGCAUCAUUGCAGACGAUGCGGGCUGGUUGUUUGCGACAAGUGCUCGACAAAUCGCGUGAUGCUACCCUUUUCACACAUUGUACAAGACCCAGCAGUACCCAUGGAACAACACUAUCAGAUAUCACUACAACCACAACGCUUAUGUGAUGGAUGCUUUGAAGAAUUAUCAAGGCCAAGAGGCACUAGCAGCAAUAGUCGACCUACUAGUGUGAGAAUGGGACGCUCUUCAAGUGUACAAAGUAUCAUGAUGGAAUGUCCCGUGUGCGGAAGAGGAUUGGAUGAGUUUGGGAGCAUGGAUGAACAAGAACAGCACGUACAGACAUGUUUGAAUGCGAAUACACCUGCAGCCUUAUCAGGGAUACGAUACGUCGUGUACAAGUUGGCAUUGGAUUCAGCGUUAUUAGGCCAAGAGUGCGUGAUUUGCUUUGAAGAAUUUAUUCAAGGUGACACAAUGGCUAGACUGAGUUGUCUUUGUACUUUUCAUCAUCGAUGUAUCCAUGCUUGGUUUACAAAGGGCAAGGAGUGUCCGAUCCAUUCCCAGUAG